GCGCGUUGUGCCGACAGACUUCGAGUAACUUUCUCACAGUGAUAUCGGCGCUGAUUUUCUGAAGUAAACCAAAAUGUCGUCGCAGAAGUACAUGCUCGGUCUGGCCUUCGUGAUCGCCGCUCUGGUGGCUGUCAGCACUAUUCCGACUGUUAAUGGAACCGACAACAGUUACGCUGCCCCCGCCAACAAGUCGCAUCAUCUGAUCGUCGGCUACAGAAUGCCCGGUGACAGACUCGUGCUCAGACAGAACAUCGUCAAGAAUUCUUCCUGGAUGAAGGUUCAGACUGUGGAGAAGACUUUCAAUGCCUCGCAGUGGGAACGCAUCACCCUGUUGCGAGCGUUGGAUCAGAAAACAAACGGAAACGGCGCCUACGCUAGCAUCGUGAGAGGUGGACCUGGACACAGCAAUGUCACCAUCAAGUUCAAGAGCCAAAGAGGUCACGGCAUCAACUUCAUCGUUGAGCUCCACGCACGUUAAACCUGGACCGCUACUGUCACCACGACCGAUAUGAUGAUUUUUGGACAAACAGUCGGGACGAAAGAAGAAAAUUGACAUCUUGAAAGCUACGAGACAUCAAUCUUGUACGUCUUGAAUUAUUUAUCUUCAAAUUAGUACCGAAAGAAGAGAUCGCACUAGAUAGACUUGUUAGAUGUCUCUUUGUACAUAUACGAAUAAAUCAACGUGAUUACGUACAACGAA